UGUAUGUAUACCUCUUGCACUAGACAUUGACGAAGGAGAGAGAGAGAGAGAGAGAGAGAGAUGACUUAGUGGUAAACAACUUGGGAAGGUGUGUGAUACGAGGAGGACCCUGAUAUAGACCGACGUCACAGUUGCAAACAUGGUUGUGCGUGCUGAAGAUACAUCCCCAACGGCACCAAACAAGCGUAGUCGGCAGUUGCUAUUCGAUAAUGCGAAUGGCGGAGACCCUCAGCAGCACACGUCUGAGGCUAGUACAGGCUCAGAUGCCCUCCCGCCGCCAUCCUUCUACUGCAAGUACGCGGUGAGCCAGGCGAAAGCUAGCGGUGGGUCUAUAGUCAAGGAUUACCGUUUACGCUUGGAGAGAUUCACUAUUGAGAAAAUGCUGAAAUUGGUAUCGAACAGUUAUUUCCGCGGGCUUCAAUUGGAGAGGCACCAGCCCGCAGGCAGCGAUUGUGAUAGUAGGGUCGACACACCACUGUUUGAAUAUAGAAGGAAAUACUUGCGAGCCUCGUUUCCCACCGACCCCUACGCGCCCGUACACGUGUUCACACACGUGUGUUGCGCGGUAACCAUGGCGACGAGUGUGAGGUCUGUCUUCACCAGCAUCGGCCAAGCCACGGGCAUCGUUGAGUAUCUGUGUAAGAGUGUUGUGGACACCACCUUGUAUGGAGAACACACGCCCCAGGCACAGGCAAUGGGCGACCGUCUGGGGGUCUACACCGAAGCACUUCGAGCCCUAGACUUCGUGAUGUGGUAUGUGAUG